CUGCCGGGGGCUGGAGAGGGUUAAAUAACAGGCAGAGGCGAGCAAGCCAGAGCCCAUUUCUGCCUGCCGGGUCACAGACGCUCCAUAGCAAUGCUCUGGAAGCCAGAGGCGCAGCAUCAGCGAAGCAGGAGUGUGAGAGCUCAUCAGCCCGCAGCACACCGGCCAGUGGAAACUGGGGCAGGGACCCUGUAACGAAAAAGACCACGAAACUACAGAGAUCCCGACCAAAACACAGUCUUGGGUAGCACUGGAGUGAAAACGACGGGACAGCCAUACGGGUGUGCGAUUUUUGGAUAGCUGGCCAAGGAAUUAAUACACUUUGCAUUUCAACAUGCGGGGUGCCGUGGAGGAAACUCUUCUUGUAUUAAUAGGCUUCCUGCUAACUGUGGCCCUGGGAUUUGAGAACACCACCACAGCAGAAAUGAAGCGUCCACCUCAAGCAGCAGCUUUCCGCUCACACUUUGAUGAUUGCCCGGAUUCCCACAGCCAGUUCUGUUUCCAUGGUACCUGCCGCUUCCUGGUUUUGGAAGACACCCCUGCUUGCGUGUGUCAUCCAGGAUUUAUUGGAAUGAGAUGUGAACACGCAGAUCUACUUGCAGUUGUUGCAACCAAUCAAAAGCAGCAAACCAUUGCCACCUUGGCUGUGGUGUCAGUAGUGGGAUGUGUGUUGCUCAUUCUGCUCCUUGUCCUAUUUCACUGUUGUCGGAAACGCUAUGCCUGUAGUUGGAGCCAUGCCUUGACCUGUCGCCAUGAGAAACCAGAUGGUCUCCUCAAGGGUGGAGCUUCCUGCUGUCAUACGGAAACAGUGGUCUGAAUGGCUAUCCAUCCCAGUCAAUGGCAACUCGGUGGUGGAACUCCAGGUUUACCUCAUCGCCUUCAGUUUGGUUUUACAAACGGAAGAGAACUUUUAAUUGGUGUCCUUGGUGUCUUAACGGACGCUGGAGAAAAGGAGGAGCUGUAGGAAGCCAGUAUUGUGCACGUUGUGCCCUUUUCCCAGUUACUCUCAGUGUAUGACUAUCAUGGGGCUGUCCUCUUCAGCAGCGCUGUUUUUAAGCUCCUUUUUUGUUUCUUAGCAUUUGUAUUCUGAGCCCAGCCAAGGUGGAAUGCACCAAGUGUGAACGAACCUUGAUAUUCCUGGAUUAUGGAGGUCUGCUGUUCUCACUAGUGGUUUUUUUUUUUUUUUUUUUUUUAUGAAUUUUAAUUAAAAACUCCUUCUGAAGGCCAGAGUAAAACAAUAACAAAUGUCUAACCGGACAUAAAGAGGUGUUCCUCUAAGGUGAUUCCUGACUAUCUAGGACCUGAACAGCAAGAAAUGGCCUCCCUUUUAUAGUUGGAUGGACAUCUACGGGACGCUCUUGGAGGUUUCCUCUUUUGAAGUUUCUUCUCAGUCACUUAAAACCAGAAACCGGAUUUGUUGACUUGCUGGCUUUUUUUUCCCCCCCAAUUGGAAGUGCUUCAUUAAAAAUCUACCUGCAUCUAUGCUUGUUAGAGACAGAAGUGGGAAUCGUCAUGUUUUGAGGUUUCAAAUGGACCUGAGCAUUUGUUAAUUUCAUCUGGUGAAACUCUGAGCUUCUUUUUACAAAUUUAAGAUCACUUCAGUUCUUCCAACAUGGUUUCAUUAUUGUACUUUGACAUUUGUAACCAUACCUGGGAGAACCCAAUGCUCUCGGCUCCCAGCUUGUCACAUUUGAGACUUCUUGUAGCUUACAGUAUUGGAGAUGCAUACCAGCACGUGUCUGACAUGCAGCAUCACUGUAUGUUCCAUGUCCACUUAAUGUUACUGAAGGCACAAUGGUAACCAUUGGCUGCAUUCUGUGUCAGAGACCAGUCAAAUUAGACUAAGCUGUUUAACACAAGCUUCAUAUUACAGCUAACCACAUUCACGGUUUCAAAGCUGUUUUUGUCACAGUUUUUCACCAAAAUAUUAAAAUGAAACAUAAUCUUACCACAAUUUAUAAGUAGCGCACUGUUAAUCACCUGUAAUUCCUUCCCACCCAUAGCCCUCACCUCUCAUUUCUGCACAAAUACAUAAAACCUUGUACCACAUUCAUUUUAUCACUCCCAACUAAGUCACAGCAACCUCCAUUGCCAUCUCCCUAGCAUCUGUUAACGUUAAUUUUGAGUGAUUGCUGCAUGUCUAGUAAACUCACAAUCUUCUAAAACGUUAAAGUAAAUUAUGUGAUUGAACCAUAGGGGAGUGCACACAUAAUGCUACUGGCAGGAAGGCAGGAAAUGACUUGUCUCGUAGAUGUGCCACUGGGUCUCUGGCACAGUGCAGAGUUUGUCUUCUUUAUUGGAAAGUGACUGCAGAAUUUUGCAAAGACCUUUUUAAUUUAUUUUCUGUGUAAAUAAACACUUUCAAUAUGUAUGUCAUAUGAA